AUGGUAGAUGAUGUGGCUGACGGUUUGGGUAAUAUGAAGUUAACAUCUGAUGAAGAGGAGAUUAUCCAUAUCUUUGAUGAAGGCAAAUUGAAGGCAUUGGAGAGUCGUAGUUUGAGUCUUAUUGGGAAGUUCUUAACAUGUAAACCUUUCAACAAACGUGCAGUAAAGAAUAUUUUGAGAAGGGCAUGGGGACUGGAAAACAGUUUGCAUAUUAUUGAGGUGAGUCUGAAUCUUUUCCAAUUCAAGUUUCAAUCAAAGUUUGAUAUGGCCUGUAUUCUACAAGAUGGUCCUUGGUCUUUUGAUAAUCAGUUGCUAUUGCUUCAAAGGUGGCAAAAAGGGCUGACAGUAGGGAACAUUAAAUUGGAGCAUGCUUCUCUAUGGAUUCAAAUAUGGGGUGCACCAUUUGAUAUGGUGUCCCCUCAAAUAGCAAGGGAAUUUGGUAAUAGACUUGGUAGAGUUAAGGAAGUAGAAGGGCAGCGGUGGCAAGAUGAUCUUAAUUAUUUUAUGCGAGUUAAAGUUGCUUUGCUGAUUGUGAAGCCCUUGCGGAAAGGAGCUUUUAUUGCUGGUUCAAAUGGGAAUGGUGGGGAGGUGGAUUAUCAGUAUGGGGAUUCUCCAAGAGCUAUGGGAGGGCGUCCACACUCUUUCUCACCAAGAAAUACGUAUGAUAGUGCUGGGGCUGCGAAAGAAUAG